AUGAGCCGAGCUCAGUCGAAGCUCCUCUGGAUCCUGAUUCCCCUCUUCGCUCUCAACUCCAUCACAAUCUUCCUCUACUUCUCCUUCCGCCACCACACCUCGCCGCUUCCCUUCUCCGAUCCGCGCCACCGCCUCCCUCUCAUCCCCAACCGCCACUUCCUCACCGACCACGCGCCGCCUUCCAACGCCACCACCCCCGACGGCUACCUCAAGCCCUGGCCCGUCCUCCCUUCUCACCUCCCUUGGACUCGCAAGCCCAAGGACCGCUCCUGCGAGGCUUACUUCGGCAACGGCUUCACCCGCCGCGUCGAUGUCCUCCCGCCUUCUCCCGAUCGCUCCUCCGCCGGCGGGUGGUUCCGCUGCUUCUUCAGCCGGACGCUGCUGAGCUCGGUCUGCGAGGGCGGCGGGAUUCGAAUGGUCCCCGAUAGGAUUGCCGUGUCGCGAGGCGGGGAGACGCUGCAGGAGGUUGUUGGGCGGGAUGAGGAAGAAGAGAUGCCGACGUUUCAGGACGGCGCGUUUCAGAUUCUGGGUUCCUUGGGGAGUGAGAAGAGGAAGCUUGUGGACGAGGAGUUUCUCGGCGAGUACCUGCCGCCGGGGGAAAUUGAGAGGCACACGAUUCGGCAGCUUGUGAGCUCGAUUGAAGUGGUGGAUGCCACGGAGUUCCAGUGCGAUCAGUGGAUUGAGGAGCCAACAUUGCUGGUUACCCGAUUUGAGUAUGCAAACCUUUUCCACACUGUAACAGAUUGGUACAGUUCGUAUGCGGCUUCUAAAGUGACCGAUUUGCCUUACCGGCCGCAUUUGGUUUUUGUGGAUGGCCAUUGUAGAACGCCCUUGGAAGAAACCUGGAGUGCUCUCUUCUCUAGCAUCCGAUAUGCUAAAAACUUCACCGGCUCAGUUUGUUACCGUCACGCUGUACUUGUUCCUCUGGGAUACGAGACCGCCCUCUUCAAGGGUCUAACUGAAGACAUAUUCUGUUAUGGAGCUGACGGGAAAGAACUUUGGAUGAACCCAGAUGACCACAAGACAGCACGAUUGUCAGAGUUUGGAGAAAUGAUAAGAGCAGCCUUUCACUUCCCGGUCAAUAAGCCCGGUACUGAAAAGCCAGCUUCAGGCCUCAACGUUCUUUUUGUGAGGCGGGAAGACUACUUGGCCCACCCGCGCCAUGAUGGAAAGGUUCAAUCGAGACUGAGCAAUGAACAAGUCGUGUUCGAUGCUGUACAGAAAUGGGCAUCAUCUGAACAUAACAACAAGUCAGAGUGUAAAGUGAAGGUAGUGAACGGCUUAUUGGCACACAUGCCAAUGAGGGAGCAACUGAGAGCCAUUCAAGAGGCUUCGAUUAUCAUAGGCGCUCAUGGUGCUGGCCUGACUCACAUUCUGUCAGCUACACCAAGAACUGUGAUUCUUGAGAUCGUGAGCGCAGAGUUCAGACGCCCGCAUUUUCAGUUGAUUGCUCAGUGGAAAGGGCUGGAGUAUCACGCCAUAUAUCUCGACGAUUCGUAUGCUAAUCCAGUGGUUGUGAUCAGCAGGCUUGGACGCAUAGUGAGAAGCUUUGCAUGUUGA